GGGUUACAACAUCUAGAUAACACAGCUUUGUUGCAGCCGUGAAUUUCACACCGUUUAUGCAUCAGUCGGGCCCUGCAGGCCUAUCAGGCCUGUGCCGAGUCACCGAACAUCUUUAUCUCAGUAAUGGCAGAGCGGCUAAUGAUUCCUCCCAGGUGACUCGGUGCGAGAUAACCUGCAUCGUGAACGUUACUGAGACCAAGGGCAGUCCUCCUCCCGGGGUGGAGUACACCCACAUCCCGGUCUCUGACUCCCCGAUGUCUCCACUCUGCGAUCACUUUGACGAGGUGGCAGAUAAAAUACAGAUCACUGCAGAGUGCGGUGGCCGCACAUUGGUGCACUGCAACGCUGGAGUGAGCCGCUCCGCCGCCCUGUGCAUGGCCUAUCUGAUGAAGCACCGCGGUGUGACUCUCCUGGAGGCCCACAGGUGGGUGAAGACCUGUCGACCCAUUGUGAGGCCGAAUGAUGGCUUCUGGAAGCAGCUCAUCCGGUAUGAGAUGGAGCUUCGUGGGCAUAACUCUGUACUAAUGGUCUCCUCCUCCAUGGGAGAGAUACCAGACAUUUAUGAGGAGGAAGCCAGGAAUAUGAUGCCCCUGUGAAGAACUUAAUGAAUGAAUGUAUGGACAUCUACUGUAAUGUCUGUCGCAUAACUAGUGACAAAAUGCUGUUUAGCCAUGUGAAGAAUAUAAAGACUUAAUGCGCUCCCUGAUGAGUUAUUAUGGGCUUUUAUAGCCUACCUCUACUCUAAUUGUCUGACAGCUGUUAUAGGUGACAAAAAACUUCUUAAUUCGUGUAGUUUAUUUUCCUGUCUUAAUCAUCUCACAAUUAAUCUGGUGACCCAUUGGAGGGGGCCUGACCCUAAGCUAAACUAUCUGUCUAAAGUAGAUAACCUGGCUCCCCCUAGACCAGCUACAACAAUAAAAUGUUAUGUAUAUUGUUGCAUCAGUUUAAAAUACUAAUUAAAAAUAUAUUACAAGGUA